AUGUCUCUGGACAAUAUUGAAAUUGCUAUUGCCACGUUAACCACGUCCGGCCCGCCUACUAUGGAAAAAGCAAAGGAAUCCCCGACGCUGCUCAAGUUCGAGCCAGGCUCCAUGGUGUGGAAAGCAUGGCGUUCCCGUUAUAACAAUAAUGUUAAAAUACAGGAACUCACCACGGAGGACGAUCAAAAGCGGCUGCUAUUGGACUCACUAGGAGUGGAAGCACAAUGGGCGAACUUUUUCCUCCUGAAGCAGGAAGUUGGUGAAACCCUUUUGGAUUUUGCCAAUAAGCUGCGGAGGAAGGCGGCGUUGUGUUCUUUUCCGGCGGACGCGUUGGAGGGGAACAUGCGCGCGGCCUUCCUGAACGGAGUCCAAAAUGAAGCGACGCAGCGCCAUUUGCGAACCAAGGAAAUCGAUGUUCUGGCGAAAGCGCUGGAUAUCGCAGAGCAGUAUGAGCUGGCGCAGCUGAAACGGACAGCCACUACUACUGAAGUGGCGAGGAUCGGCGGCGGCCAGAAGGGACGUUCGGGGCCACAUCCGAAGGGACGUAACGGUGGUACUCGGCCUGGGCGUGGUGACGGAAACAGUGGAAAGAUGGCCGGCAGCAGCGGCGCAUGCUACGCGUGUGGCGGGAAAAGGCAUGUGAAGGCCGAUCGCUGGGCAAAGGAAGCGACGUGCAGAAAGUGCGGCAAGAAAGGUCACGUCGCAAAGGCGUGCAAACCUGCGCCAAAGGGCGACAGAGGCGGCGGUGGUCGUCGGACGUGGACAAUGCAGGAAGACUUCGACGUCCUGGCUAUCGGUGACGAAGUGGAAGGAUCGAUUCGGGUACCGAUCACCUUGAACGAUUCCCGUGUGUCCAUGCUGCUGGAUACGGGAUCAGGUGUGACGAUUAUUACGGCGAGCACGUGGAGACAGAUCGGCUCGCCGAAGCUGACGCUUUAUGCCACACCGCUGCGAAGUUUCACGGGCCAUCCGAUCCAGGUGAUCGGAAGUUCAAUGAUGCCGGUGGUAUAUGGACGGAGAAGGAAGUCACUGCCCGUCGUCGUCGUAGCCCGUGGAGGUGACGUGCUGGGACGCGACUGGAUCAAAGCGCUAGACCUCAAUCAUCUGAGUCUGAAAGAGCUGCAAGUGUCUGCGGUCUCAAAAGUCACCGCUCGUGCAACUGUCCAGAGCAUCCUGGAUUGCCACAGCAGCGUAUUUCGCGAUGAACUUGGGCGCUGCAAGGAAUUUAAGGCGCACCUCUACUUGAAGGAAGGCGCGAAGCCGAUAUUCUGUAAGCCAUGGACGGUCCUGUUCGCCUAUCGGGACGCAGUGGAGAAAGACCUAGAGCGCUUGGUGGAAAGAGGGAUGCUCACGCCUGUGGAGCAUGCGGAGUGGGCUGCACCCAUUGUUGGAACGCAGAAGCGAGCCGCAGACAUCCGCACGUGCGCUGAUCUGAGCACAGGAUUGAAUGACUCGCUCGACGUGCAAACCUAUCCGCUGCCACUCCCGAUGAACUGUUUGCCAAGUGGAACGGGGGCGACAAAGCUGGACGACGAAAGUGAACAACUUGUUGUCAUCAACACGCAUAAAGGUCUGUUCAGGUACAACCGUUUGCCGUUUGGAGUCGCAAGCGGACCAAGCAUAUUCCAGCAAAUCAUUGAGCGCAUACUGCAAGACUGCGAGGGCGUGCCGGUGUAUAUUGACGACAUUAUCGUCACGGGCAAGACGGACGAGGAACACCAGCGGAACUUGGAAGCGGUGUUAGAACGGCUGGAGAAGUACGGACUACGCGUGAAACUGUCGAAGUGCAGAUUCAUGCAGGAAUCGGUCGAGUAUCUGGGUUUUGUGGUGGAUCGCCGCGGGGGACACAUAUCCCAGGAUCGCGUGAAAGCACUAGUGGACAUGAAGAUGCCCACCAACGUCAGUGAUUUACGUGCUUACUUAGGCAUGGUAAAUCACUACGCCAAGUUCGUACCGAACCUGUCCGCAGAGUGCAGUCAGUUUCACUGCCUAUUAAAGUCCGGCGCACCAUGGGAAUGGACGACUGAGUGUGCGAAGCAGUUUCAAGCACUCAAGGAAGAAAUCGUCUACGCAACGUUCCUGGUGCACUUUAAUCCCGCAAUGCCGUUGGUGCUGGCAGCGGAUGCGUCGCAGUAUGCGGCGGAAAAGAAUUACGGGCAAAUUGAAAAAGAGGCACUUGCGCUCGUCUACGGCUGCAAGAAAUUCCACCAGUACGUGGCCGGCAAGGAGUUCACGCUGUUAACGGAUCACAAGCCGUUACUGAGCGUUUUCGGCAAGCGGAAAGGUGUCCCAGUGGUCACGGCCAAUCGACUUCAGCGGUGGGCGCUGCUGCUCAUGGGAUAUACGUUUUCCAUAGAGUACCGCCGCACCGAGGAGUUUGGUCAAGCGGAUGGCCUCAGCCGACUGCCGCUCCACUCCACACAGCUGGAGAAAUACCCAAACCUGGGGAUGGACAACGUAGUGAGCGCGCUGCAUGUGGAAAGUGCCGAAAACAUACCCGUGUCCGUGGAAGAUAUCGCAAGGGAAACGGCUGCCGAUGCGGAGCUCCAGGAAGUACGCCAGUGCAUCAGUCGCGGCUGGCCGGAGUCCGUAAGCGAUCGAAUGCGACCGUACAAGAAGGUACAGCAUGAGCUCAGUGUACUGAAUGGCUGCGUGUGCUGGGGAUCGCGCACGGUAAUUCCCGAGAAGUAUCGUGCCAGGAUACUGAAGCACCUACGCGCAGCACACAUGGGCGCCGGGAAAAUGAAAGGUGAAGCGCGAGGCUACUGUUGGUGGCCAUCGAUGGACAGGGACAUCGAGCAGGUCGCCAAGGACUGCCGAAUAUGCACCGAGCGCGCGGGUGAGACAGCGAAAGUUCCGCUAGCGCAGUGGUCGGUGCCCGACGCCUCCUGGAAGCGCGUUGACAUGGACUUUGCCGGUCCAUGUCGAGGUACGAUGUUGCUCAUAGUUGUGGACGCAAUGUCCAAAUGGCCCGAAGUGGUGCAAAUGAAGCACGCAACGACGAAAGGAGUGAUGGAGACGCUGCUCACGAUGUUCAGUCGUUACGGUGUGUGCAAUGAAGUUGUGUCGGACAACGGCACACCAUUCACUUCGCAGCAAUUUGUGGAUUUCUGCAGCAAGUAUGGCAUUAAGCACACCAGGACGCCUCCAGGUCACCCGCAGUCAAACGGUCAGGCCGAGCGGUACGUGCAGACCGUUAAAGACGGUGUUGCGAAGUUGAUGGCCGACGGCCAUGCACUGCCGGAUGCGUUGCGCCAGUUCCUGUGGCGUUAUCGAAGUGCGCCACAUGCAACGACUGAACAGUCACCGCCCGAACUGUUUAUUGGACGGCCGAACUUUUGCCGAUGUUCCCACUCCAUCCCCACGACGCCGGUCGAACGCGGAAAAUUUUCGGAUACCGUGAGGGAACCAAAUCAGCGGAUCCUGAGCUUGAGGAAAACUACGAAAGUAUCCACUGACCGUACCUGCCGGAACCACUGCCAUGAUCACCUUUAA